AUGGGAGACACCGGUGUGGGCCCCGUGGUGUCUGUGCGGCUGGGCAGCACCGUUGGGGUCGCUCGGGGGCCACAUCUGGGUGUGCUGUCAGCUCUCUAUGUGUUUUCAUUUCAGGGACACCUGACCUUUAGGGAUGUGGCCAUCGAAUUCUCUCAGGAGGAGUGGGAGUGCCUGGACCCUGCCCAGAGGGCCUUGUACAGGGACGUGAUGGUGGAGAACGACCGGAACCUGGUCUCCCUCGAUGUCUCUCCUACACAUGUGAUCAAGAAAUUACAAUUAAAGGAGAACAAUAAUACAGGAGAAUUAUUCCAAACAGUGAUGUUGGAAAGGCAUGAAGGCCAUGAAAUCAAAGAUUUUUACUUCAGGGAAAUCCAGGAAAAUAUGCAUGAGUUUAAGUGGCAGUGGAGGGAUGAGAACAUAAACUGCAAAGAAAUGUCUGUGACCCAUAAACACAGUCUCACUGAUAGAAGGGGUCAGCAUGGUAAAAGUGAUGCAGGAAACGAGCACGUUAUAAGUAGGCUUGCAUUAAGUUUUUGGGGUGAACUACACAUGUUUCAAACUGAAGGGAAAUUUGAAUGUAAUGAAGUUGAGAAGUCCGUCACCAGUGGUUCCUCAGCUAUGCCACCUCAGAGAAUUCCUCCUGUGGUCGAAACCGGCGUUGCUAAUAAACAUGGGAGAGAUUUUAUUUACCUCUUGACACUGGCACAACAGCAGAAAGCACAUAGGGAGAAACCUUACAGAUGUCAUGACUGUGGCAAAGCCUUUACUCAGGGCUCACACCUCACUAGACAUCAGAUAAUCCAUACAGGAGAGAAACCAUAUAAAUGUAACGUAUGUGGGAAAGUCUUCAGUCAAAAUUCACACCUAGCAAGUCAUCAGAGCAUCCAUACCAGAGAAAAACUCAAAUGUAAUGAAUGUGGCAAAGCCUUUAGUCAAAAUUCACACCUUGCAAAUCACCAGAGAAUACACACUGGAGAGAAACCUUACAAACGUAAUGAGUGUGGCAAAGCCUUUCGUGUGCGCUCAAGCCUGACAGACCAUCAGGUAAACCAUAAUGGAGAGAAACCUUACCGAUGUAAUGAACGCAGCAAGGGUUUUUGCCAAAGUUUGAAGCUUGUAAAACAUCACAGAAUUCAUAGUGGAGAGAGACCACACAAAUGUAAUGGGUGUGGUAGAGCUUUUACCCAGAGUUCAAGCCUGGCUUCACACCUUAGGCAUCAUGAGAGAAGUCAUACUGGAAAGAAACCAUACAAAUGUACUGAAUGUGGCAAGGCCUUUACUAAUGGUCUAACAUCACGAUCUGCCAAAGAAUUUCAUGCUGGAGAGAAACCUUUCAAAUGCCACGAGUGUGGCAAAGCCUUUACUCAGGGCUCACAUCUCACUAGACAUCAGAUAAUCCAUACAGCAGAGAAACCAUAUAAAUGUGAUAUAUAUGGGAAGGUCUUCAGUCAAAAUUCACACCUAGCAAGACAUCGGAGAAUCCAUACUGGGGAGAAACCAUAUAAAUGUAGUGAAUGUGGUAAAGCCUUUGGUGUGCAGUCAAGCCUAACUUACCAUCAGGUAAUCCAUACUGGAGAGAAACCUUACCGAUGUAGUGAAUGUGGCAUGACCUUUACCAGGUGUUCACACCUUAGGCAUCAUGGAAGAAAUACUGGAGAGAAACCAUAUGCAUGUGUUGAAUGUGGCAAGACCUUCGACAGGUCUGACAUCAGGAUUCACCAAAGAAUUCAUGCUGGAGAGAAACCUUUCAAAUGUAAUGAGUGUGGCAAAGCUUUUACUCAGGGCUCACACCUCACACUUCAUCAGAGUAUCCAUACUGGAGAGAAACCUUACAAAUGUAAAGAGUGUGGCAAGGUCUUCAGUCAAAAUUCACACCUUGUGAAUCUCCGGAGAAUCCAUACAGGUGUGAGACCUUACAAAUGUAAUGAGUGUGGCAAGCCUUUUAGGAGGGGUUCACACCUUAGUCUUCAUGAGAGAAUUCACACUGGAGAAAAGCCGUACGAAUGUAUUGAAUGUGGCAAGGCAUUCAGACAAUGGUCUGACCUCAGGAUUCACCAAAGAAUCCAUUCUGAAGAGAAAACUUACGAAUGCCCUGCGUGUCGCAAAGCUUUCACUCGAGGGUUACACCUUAUCAGAUAUAGAGCAAUACAUUAUGAAUGCAACGAGUGCGGCAGAGCCCUUACCUUGAGUUCCAGAUACUUUGCAACAACAGAGUCCAUGUUGAAGGGCAACCAUGAUUCACCAGUGAAGUCGUACCGGGGAGAAGUCUUGCAAAUCCGAUACAUGUUUUGA